UGUUAUCAUCACGCAGGCAAUGGAUAUUUAAUAAAUUUAAUUAUAUUCUCAUUGUAAUGGAUAUUUAACAAGUUUAACAAGUACAUAGUUCUUAUUGGAGAAACAUAAAAUGAUCGAAAUCAAAGCAAAAUUGGUCAGAGCUGAUUCACCUAUAUAUGCCACGGGUGAACAUGUUGAGUGUCUGAUCGAGUUUACCAAUAGAAUUCCCUCAACAACAAAUAAUGGUGUUGACAAUAGUACAGUGGAAAAUCUUGCUUGGGCAUCGGUGCAAUUGCACUGCUAUCGCAAAACAAAUGUAAAUAUUGGACCCAAAGAUAAAAUGUUGGAGCUGAGUGAAAUGGUGGGUAAGACCGCAUUGGAUGCUGUGACACAAGCACCGGGUGAUAUUGUCAUAGCCACAAAACCAAAAAUAUUGUUUUGUGAUCUUAAGCUGCAGCCAAAUGAAUCAAAGAUAUAUUUUUUCAAUGAGCUCAUUCCAAGAGAUGGACCUCCAACGUACCGGGGACACGAUAUCAAGUAUUUCUAUAAACUGACCAUAGCAACGCAAAGGGUAAAAUGUAAAGUUCAAACAUUGACCGUGCCACUUCGAGUGCUGCCAAUACCCUUGAUAGCUCGUCCAGAUGAACUACCAAUCACCGAGGAAACAAAUGAUGAAUUGGCCCCAACAAAUCCCUUUGUAGAAAAGAAAGAAGUUACUGAAUUGGAAAUAUCAUGGCAUCAUUUGAAGAAUGUAACAGCAAGACGAGCACCAAAAUUCUACAGAAUAUCAAAUAAACGUGGAUUUGUGGGCAGAUUUUGCCUUUUUAAACCGUCCUACAAGUUGGGAGAAGAUAUUGUGGGAAGUUUGGAUUUUGCCAACUGCAAAGUACGCUGUGUACAGUUCUCGGUGAAACUACAAUCACAGGAAAUUCUUUUAAAUAUGUCAGACAAUAAAUUCUCUAACAAUGACUUUAAUGACAACUCGUCCGUUAACUCUUUGGAUUUGGCCAGUGUUGCUAGCGGUGUGGGAUCGGAGUAUAUGCACAAGUCUUCCACUUCAGCUAGCUCUAAGGACAAUGAUGCAAAUGUAGAGCCAACAGGAAAGGUUACCACACAUGCCAUUAGUCAUCAGGUCAGCUAUGCUACCAUGCAGACUCAAGUUGUAGUACCCAUACCUCUGCAUAUUACACCAUCUUUUCGUACCGAUUGUGUGGAGGUUAAGUGGAGAUUACACUUUGAGUUUGUCACCAGUACAAUGAUGGAUUUCGGAGUGCCAAAUCCAGAAGUUGGCGAGCUACAGGCUCCAACUGAAAUACCAGUGGAGACAAUGGUCUGGAAUUUACCAAUAACCAUAUAUCCAGCCAAUCCAUUACAAAUAUAUGCACCUUCGCAAAUUCAUACGCUGCUUAUUAAGUAAGCAGAAAAUAUUGCAACUUAGCCAGUAAGAAGUACAUUCAAAUAAAAUACUUAUUUUCUUCUGUAUAUAUUAAACAAAAAAAUAUAUCCAUGGUAAUUUAAUGCA